GUUCUGCGCCGGCGAGCAUCGAGCGAGGAGCCCGCGGUCGCCACGUAUCAAUACGCGACUCACGUGCGUGCCAUUUCACUUGUGUGCCAAACAUAUAUACAGUGGCGGCAAAGAGAGCAGUUUUCCUUUUUCUCCCACUUUCCGCGCCCCGCAAAGUGUGCCUGUGAAAUGCAGUGAAAAGUCAACACUCUUGGUUUUGAGUGUUUUUUUCGUUUUCUGGUGAACUAUUACGUGGCUGCUGCUGCCGUUUUUCUGAAACGAGCAGACUCCAACUCUCGCAAGCUACUUAGAGAGAAGGGAUAACGAGUCAGUCUGCACGGAGAUCCGAAUGCAUGCGGUUCACUGGGUUUCACCUGGAAAAUUCGACCGAGGUUGGGACGUCUGAUGUGAUGUAGUGACGCGCGCGCACGCUCCGCGGGCGGCAAGAUGGGUACAAACUGCCUGCGCAUCCUCCUCGUCCUCCUCCGCGUCCUCGUUAUCGCGCAGCUCGAGCGACGCGGCGUACACGGCCAAGCGGCAGAAUGCCCACCCUCCGAGCUCAUCCCCGGCUGCCCAUGCUACAACUUCGAAGACGGCUUGUUCCUGGAGUGCGCCGGCGCUACCGAGGAUACGCUACGCUCUACCCUUCUCGGCGUCAUGAACUCCGCUGGCGAAGAUGCGGUAGUCCAAUCGCUCAGCGUCUACGAGCUGGAUAAGACGAUCGAGGAGCUGAGGGGAAGCGCUUUUCCGGCGGGCUCGCAGAUCCGCCACCUGCAGAUAUCGCACUCGUCGCUGCGAGAUAUCGCCGAGUCAGCCUUCAGAAAUCUCAAGGAUAGCCUUGAAUCACUCGCCCUGGUCUCCGGCCGAUUGGCUCAGGUCCCCCAGAAGCCAAUGUCCGAGCUGCACAAGCUCGCCGCGUUGGACCUCGAGGCGAACCUCAUCCAAGACCUGUCGUCCUACUGCUUCUUCGGAAUCAAAUUGAUGAAGCUGAGCUUGAAGGGCAAUCAAAUCAGCAAGAUCUCCGAAUACGCCUUCGCAGGAUUGGAAGAAUACCUGACGGAUCUCGAUUUGACGGAAAACAAACUUAAGCUGUUUCCCAUGACCUCGCUCCGCAGGCUGGAGAGCUUGGACUCGUUGAGACUUGCGUGGAACGAGAUAUCCGCCAUACCCGACGACGGCCACUCCCUCCUGAGCUCGCUUCUGAUCCUCGACUUGAGCAGCAACAAUUUCGACAAACUCACCGAGGACUGCUUCAGGCCCUGUCCUAUUUUGCAAACUCUCUCGCUUUACUACAACAGCAUCGAAGACGUCGACAAGAAUGCAUUCGUAUCGUUGAAGGAUUUAGAGUCGAUAGACCUCAGCCACAACAAGAUCGUCUUUUUAGACGCAGCUACUUUUAAGGCGAACGAGCGACUACGCACAAUCGAGCUCAGUCACAAUCACAUACAUUACAUCGGUGGCGUAUUCGCAGGUCUACCCGAGCUCAGGGAACUGUAUCUCGCUGAAAACAACAUCCUGGAGAUACCGGCCGAUGCCUUCAUUGGCAGCGUAAGCCUGAGCGUCGCUUACUUCCAGCAGAACGCAAUUCGCCGAAUAGACGGCCGCGCACUUGCGAGUCUUUAUCAACUGGAGCAACUGCACAUGACAAACAAUUACAUUGAACGAGUGCCUGUCGAGUUCCUCGAUCAAUGCGGCAAUCUGACCUCGUUGUCUAUGGACGGUAACAAGAUUCGCGAAUUGCACAUCGGUACAUUCUCCAGACUGCACCGAUUACGCGAACUAAGGCUCCAAGACAACAGAAUAGGAGAGGUUAAACGAGGGGUCUUUGCUACUCUACCAUCUCUCCAGGAACUUCAUCUUCAGAACAACGCUAUCGUCAGCAUAGAGGCAGGCUCUCUCAGUACUCUGUACAAUUUGCAGCACGUAAACCUUCAAGACAAUCAACUUGCUGAGCUCGAUGACGUGUUUCAACUGUCGUCUGAGUACCCAGGACCCAGCAGCUCGCUGGUUUCCAUUCAGUUGGAUAGUAACGGCCUAGCAACGCUGCACAAUAAUUCACUUAGGGGCCAGUCUAGUGUGAGGAUCAUGUGGUUAGGUCACAAUAGACUCACUCAUUUGCAAGCAUCGGUCUUUCGUGACCUGCUGCUCGUGGAACGAUUGUAUUUGACCAACAAUUCCAUAUCCAAGAUCGAUGACGGAGCAUUCGAACCCAUGCAGGCCUUACAAUUUCUCGAGCUCAGCAUGAACAGACUGAGUCACGUGACUGAUAGAACCUUUUCCGAGUUACACGAGCUCGAGGAACUCUACCUGCAGGACAACGGAUUGAGGCAACUCGACCCUUACGCACUAACGGCAUUGAAAAAGCUCAAAGUGUUGGAUUUAGCUAAUAACCACUUGGAGCUGCUGCACGAUGCCAUUUUUCAGGAGUCUUUGCCAAUUAGAAAGUUGAAUUUGAAGAACUGCUCGAUUAAUUCUAUCGAAAACGGCGCAUUUUUAGGCCUAACCGAAUUGAUCGACUUGAAUCUUGAAAAUAAUCAACUCAUGGCUCCAGCACUAAGAAGAUUACAGAUUUCUGGUUUACAAAUUUUGUCAGCGUCCGGCAAUAAUUUCAGCCAAUUAUCGGAAUACAGUUUCAAUGGGUUGCCUUCGUUGCAACAACUCACGCUCGAUAAUGUGCACAUCUCGCAAAUGCCAGAAAGUAUAUUCGUACUGAACGUUAAUUUGGUUAAAAUCCACCUGAAUUACAAUCACUUGCGAACUUUGCCACCGGGUGUUUUUGACAAUUUACUGUCUCUUCGUGAGCUCCGCAUCGAUCAAAACAAACUUAUCGGCAUUCCUUAUUCAGCUCUCACGAGUGCUAAAAAUCUAGAAAUUCUAUCUCUAUCGUAUAACAAAAUCAACACUGUCGACGUGGCUAGUAUGUCCGGACUAAAAUAUCUGCGGGAGCUCGACUUAAGUCAUAAUCGCAUCGAGUCGAUGUCGGGUUUCGCCUUAGCCAAUCUCUCAAGGCUCUUCUCCGUCGAUUUGAGCCACAACAAUUUGAACGCUCUGCCGGUGAACUUCUUCACCCAUUCGCCGAUGUUACGCAAAGUCGAUCUCUCGGAGAACAAGUUCCGACAGAUACCGGCAGUGGCGCUAUCAGGACAGAAUUUACCUGGUCUGAAUUGGCUGAAUCUGACACGUAAUCCCUUGAGCAGGAUACACGAGGUACCCUCGGAAUCGAUGUAUCCAUUGCUUCAGGAGAUACACAUAUCCGGUACGAAUCUCACGAUUCUCACAUCUCAGGACUUUGAGGCCUUCCCCGCCCUUCAAUACCUUUUUGUUAGCCAGAAUAGCAUAUCUCGGGUCUCACCUGGCGCCUUCCGUACUUUACCGAAUUUACUUACUCUUCACUUGGGCAUGAAUAGUCUGGAUAUUCUGCCGCAGGAGAGAUUGAAAGGCUUACAACAUCUUCGAAUACUCAACCUCACGCACAAUAGGCUCAAGGAACUUGAAGAGUUUCCAGAAGAUCUCAAAACUUUGCAAAUACUUGACCUUUCAUUUAAUCAAAUUGGCGUCGUAGGCAAAGUUACGUUCAAGAAUCUGGUCAACUUGGUAGAAUUGCAUCUAUACGGCAACUGGAUAAACACAAUAUCUAGUGAGGCUUUCCGACCAUUGAAAAAACUGAGGCUAUUGGACCUUAGCAGAAAUUAUUUAGAGAACUUACCUCUCAAUGCUUUUCGACCGCUUGAAACACAAAUAAGGAGUCUGCGAGCAGAGGAAAAUCCGCUAAAUUGUGGAUGCGAAUCCCAAGAACUGUGGGAGUGGUUGCGCGAUCACCAGAAACUUGUGGGCGGUGUGAGCCGUGACAGACGAGUUGGUAUGAACGAAGUAGAGGGGGGACUGCUUCGCUGCGAACAACCUCCCGAACUGAGGGGCCUCGUCUUUCUGGAUCUCGAUCCACAUGCUUUCUGCUCUUCACCAUUAGUACUGAAGCUCGCCAUACAAGACAUUCAGCCAUUCUCCGUACUCGUUUCCUGGCAGAGUAGGAAUCACUCUGGCUUGCACGGAUAUCAAGUAGCAUAUCAUACUCUCAACACCAACGUCAACGAAGUUCGAGGCAAGCUGCUCGAUCCCAAGUCUCGCUCAGUGCGUCUGGGUAAACUCAACCCAGACACCCGUUACCGGAUUUGUGUUCUAGGUCUGGGUAGCUGGGGAACUCCCAUUCCAGAGAAUCUGAAUUCCAACAGCUCUACCGACGAGUUGAUCGAGGGUCCGGCACACCCCGUAAUGUUGAACUCUCCCAUGAGUCGUUGCACCGAGGUACGAACUCUCGACUCGCCAAAUGCCAUUGUUGGAGAAGGAAGUAUCGCCGAUCGCAGUGGCAUCGCCAAUAUUCUCACUCGACGACUCGGUCUAAUCGUUGGCAGCUGCAUGGGCUUUGUAGUGUUCGUCGUGUUGAUUUCCGUGCUCGGCUAUCUGAAGAUGAAGAAGCAACGCGCGGCGGCCAAGCGCGAGCAGCCCUUGGCGCCAAAUCCACCCGAGUACUUGUCUUACCGGCACUUCUCGCUGCAGAGUGGCGAUCGACUGGAUAACUCGUCGUGCCCGAGCUUUAUCGGCAAUACGCCGCUCAACUCGUAGCAUAAGGCCCCCGAUACCGACAUCGAGCUCAAAAACGUCGGCGCAACGGACUUGUUUGCCUAAUGUGCUCGUGUGCUAGUGGAAAACUGACAAUGAUAUUAUCCUGUGUGCGAGAGCAUGUAUUUACAUUGUGCAAGUGUGCGAUACGCGUGCGUGAUUACAUCUACUUUCAUUGUGGAUAAAUUCAAGACUGAUUUGUUGAGGCAGUCGUUGUGAAGCUGCCUCGAGCUUAUAACGUCGGUUUUUUAUUGUAUAAAAUAAUAAUAAUAAAAGUUCAAGUUUUUGUACGUAUUUAAUGCGCGACGAACAAAGAGAAUAUAAGUAUGUACAGUUAGACGUAGUUGGUAUUAUGAAUUCGAAAAUAAAAAUUAAAUUGUUACGGUUAUACGAUAAGCGGGCUAUCCGUGAAAGUCCGGCGAUGUAAUCUAUUCCUGCCAAGCCAGUCAUAACGAAUAAAGUUAGACUACGAGUUUAAGGUGUUGUAAGCCCACGGAGCAGUGCAUCCGAUUCAAAAAAAUAAAUACAUAAAUAAAUAAAUAAUGAAAAAAGGAAAGAAAAAUCAAACGAACGAACGAUUUGUGUACAUAGUUAGCCGAACGUGGAGAAGGGUAUAAGGCAUAAAAAAGAAAUCAAUAUAGGAAUCUCGAUAAUAAAAGCAGUG